CUCUCUCUCUCUCUCUCUCUCUCUGCAACUAAGUUUGCCCCGGCGAGGCGAAACGCGCGAUUUGUUAUCUGCGCUGUGAUUUCGGUUCCGAAUCGUGGCUUCCUGGUGUGAAAUUGGUGUGUGAGCUCGAUCGACGACGAAUCGAGGACGAAGUGUCGUGGGUUAUUAAAUCGCCGAUUGCCUCGCGAAUCGCGUCUUUGUGUCACUGUGCUGCUCUAGACUGGUGCCUGCAUUCAUUCUGUCCUCAAACUCUCGAGCUCGUGUCGGUGGGCGUGAAAACUUUUCCCGUACCACAAUGGGUGGCAAUAUCGCGCACGAACCAAGCACCCGGAGGACAAUUUCGAGACCCCAGUGGACACUUCCAUCCGCGGUCCCGCUACUACUCCUGCUCGUUCUGGCCAUGCUGAUCGAACGCGGCCAAAUAUUUGGCUACCACAUCCGGCACAUCGAGGAGGAACCCAGCCACCAGCUGCAGCAGGAUCUGAUGGACUUUAUCGAUCUGGUGCCGUUUGAGGACGUGCAGCGGCUGAUGCAGUACUACUACCAUCACGACGUCGAGGUGGAGAGUGCGUUCGAUUACGUGUCGACCGAGGACUACACCCAGAUCCGGUUGGACAUCGUGAACCUGGGCGAGGUGCGCAGCUUCCGCCGGUACCUGGACAGCAUCGGGUUCAGCGUGGAAAAGGUGUGGGCCGAGCUGAACAAGCGCUUCGAUGCGGACGAUAUCUUCGCCGAACCGGACGAAGCCAGCAGAUCGCUAAAUCUCACCACCAGAGGAUUGAAUGGAUUAGUCGAUGACAUAUUGGCGCUGCUGCCGCAGGACGAAAUAAUCCUGCUUUUCUUCGACAAGCUGGAAACGAGCAACGACUUUUCCUUCUUCUUCGAGCAGAUCGGUAGCGGCGAGUUCGAGAACGUCCUCAACACGCUGCAGUCGUCACAGCAGCUGCGGAUACUGCUCUGGAGACUUCAGCGGCAUGGAUUCGAUAUUCCCGGGUGGAUACAGCUCGUGCAGAAGUAUUUCAGCUUCAGUAGUUUCUAGCAGGGCUGGCAUCGCGUCCCAUCGGAGCGCGUUGCAAGUGACACGCUUAACAAAUGCUCGACGUUCUUCGUAAUCCGCUGUGUUCGACUAAAAGACUAAAUAACACAUAACGUGAGCCGUCUAGGAAGCAGCAACUACAACAUCAAUAACACAAAAAAAAAACAUUCACCCACAACGCGCACAAUUGUAAACGCGUGAGCAUAUGCAAUCCUGUAUGCAGGUAAUGUA